AUAUCUUGAUAUGUUUUUUUCGUUGUUGUCAAAAACGAAAAAGAUAAUUCUGGUUGUUAGAAUACAGUAUGCUAUAUUUCUUUCGUUGCUUGUAUAAUAUGCUCCUUUAAAGAAGGCGGCUGCGCAGCCUCCCUUAAUACAGCCAGGACCCCUCGGAUCUGUCACUGGAGGCCCCAAGGUGUCUGCGAGAAAUUUAAAGCUGGACAGCGAUUUGGUCUGUGCAGCCGCUCUCCUCCUGAGGCACCGCCAUUGUUGUUGCUGAGGGUGUGAUUUUCAAGGCGGACGAUGCGGCGCUCCCUGUUAAUUUAGUAAGCGGGGUAUUCGAGGAGGAGGACACAAAGGAGGUCCGAGGGGCUGCCUCAGCUGUCAUCCUGAGGUGGAGGGAAUCCAGAACUGGUACAGGGUCAUCCUGACUGUCAUCAACCCCUCCCCUUCCCCCUCUUCCCACUCCCCCCGCAAACACCCUCCACCUCCAUCACGAUAGGGCUGUUGGUAAAUUGAAGGGAAAGAGCAACAAUAGUAAUAUUCUUCCCUCCCAGCCCUGUAAAAAAUGGAUCGUGAAAGAGAGAGUGAAGAUAAUUUAGAUUACUCAGUAGCAAAUGUAGAAAAGGCAUUACAUCAGUUGUACUAUGAUCCAAAUAUUGACAACAAGAACCUGGCACAGAAAUGGCUGAUGCAGGCACAAGUCUCUCCUCAAGCUUGGCAAUUUAGCUGGGCAUUGCUCAGUCCUAAUAAAGUGCCUGAGAUCCAGUAUUUUGGAGCCAGUGCCCUUCAUAUCAAGAUCUCCCGCUACUGGAACGAUAUCCCCUCAGAUCAAUGUGAGACUCUGAAAUCCCAACUUUUCAAUCAAAUAGCAUGUUUUGCCUCUGGCUCCAAGAUAGUGCUCACCAGACUUUGUGUAGCAUUAGCAUCACUGGCACUCAACAUGAUGCCUGAGAGUUGGCCAAAUGCAGUAGGUGACAUGGUCAAGAUGUUCCAGACUGAAAGUUCAGAUGUGGAUGGCAAAGCUAGGUGUAUGGCUUUGCUGGAACUACUAACUGUCCUCCCUGAAGAGUUCCAAACAAGUCGCCUGCCUCAGUGUCGGAAAGGUGUAGUGCGAAAUGCCCUAGCACAAGAGUCUGGUGCUGUCUUUCCUCUUCUACAGCAGCUACUACAGACAGAUUCUCCUGUGUUUAUCAGCCAGAAGGCUCUCAAGUGUUUCUCAAGCUGGGUACAACUGGAUGUUCCUCUCCUGGAUUGUGAGUGUUUGAUGCAGGCCUCGUUUACUUCUCUACAGAAUGCCGAGCUCUUUGACACAGCAGUUGAAGCCCUUGUCAAUGCUAUCUCCCAGCCUGAUGCUCAAAGAUAUGUAAACACAUUACUGAAGCUGAUCCCUCAGGUCCUGCAAUUGCAGGAGCAGCUGAGACAAGCUGUUCAAAAUGGAGACAUGGAGACAUCACAUGGUAUCUGCAGAAUCGCUGUGGCUCUUGGAGAAAAUCACUCAAGAGCCUUGUUGGAGCAAGUGGAGCACUGGCAAACUUUUCUAGCACUUGUCAACAUGAUCAUGUUUUGCACAGGAAUUCCAGGCCACUACCCAGUGAAUGAAACUACAAGCUCUUUAACCCUUACAUUCUGGUAUACACUUCAGGAUGACAUAAUGUCAUUUGAGGCUGAGAAACAGGUGGUGUAUCUACAGGUUUAUCGUCCUGUUUACUUUCAACUAGUUGAUGUUCUGCUGCACAAGGCUCAGUUUCCCUCCGAUGAAGAAUAUUCCUCCUGGUCUUCUGAUGAAAAAGAGCAAUUUAGGAUAUACAGGGUUGAUAUUUCUGAUACCUUGAUGUAUGUAUAUGAGAUGCUGGGAGCUGAGUUGUUAAGUAACCUCUACGACAAACUAGGAAGGCUUUUAACUAACACUGAGCAACCAACCUCAUGGCAGCACAUUGAAGCCUGUUUGUAUGGGUUUCAAUCUAUUGCAGAAACCAAUGAUGUCAACUAUUCCGAUGUUAUUCCAGGCUUGAUUGGACUUAUCCCAAGGAUAAAUAUCAGCAAUGUGCAGCUAGCUGACACUGUGAUGUUUACCAUAGGUGCUCUAGCUGAAUGGCUGGCUGAUCACCCAGUGAUGAUUAACAGUGUAUUGCCAUUGGUAUUGCAUGCUUUGGGCAACCCAGAGCUUUCCAUAUCCAGUGUUUCCACACUGAAGAAGAUCUGUAGAGAAUGCAAGUAUGACCUACCUCCCUAUGCUGCUAAUAUUGUGGCUGUUUCUCAGGAAGUUUUAAUGAAACAAAUUCAUAAGACAAGUCAAUGUAUGUGGCUGAUGCAGGCACUGGGAUUCCUGCUCUCUGCUCUCCAGGUGGAGGAAAUCCUUAGGAACCUGCACUCCCUCAUCAGCCCCUACAUCCAGCAGCUGGAGAAACUUGCUGAUGAGCCGCCAAAUCCAUCAAAUAAACUAGCAAUAAUACAUAUUUUGGGUCUGUUGUCCAAUUUGUUCACCACAUUGGAUAUCAGUCACCAUGACGAUGAGCCAGAAGGCACUGAAGCAAAGAAAAAACCCACCUUGCAAGGACCCAACCCUGUUGUGGUGGUCCUCCAACAGGUCUUCCAACUCAUACAGAAAGUGUUGUCUAAAUGGCUGAAUGAUGCUCAGGUUGUUGAGGCUGUUUGUGCAAUCUUUGAAAAGUCUGUGAAAACUCUUCUGGAUGAUUUUGCUCCCAUGAUUCCACAGCUUUCAGAAAUGCUGGGUCAGAUGUACAGUACCAUCCCACAGGCAUCUGCAUUGGAACUAACACGACAGCUGGUGCAUAUAUUUGCCAAUGAUUCAACCCACUUUGUCCCAGUAAAGGCUCUAUUCCUUCUCGUUACAUCUGUGACCCUCUCAAUUUUCCAACAAGGACCCAGGGAUCAUCCUGAUAUUGUUGAUUCAUUUAUGCAACUCCUGGCACAGGCUCUCAAAAGGAAACCAGAUUUGUUUUUAGCAGAGAACUGUGAUGUGAAGGCCUUAUUUCAAUGUGGGGUCAUAUCUUUGAAAUUUCCAGAAGCCCCAACAGUGAAAGCAACGUGUGCAUUCUUUACUGAGCUGCUGCCACGUUGUCGGGAAAUACAGCCUAUUGGCUUAGUUGUCCAUGAAAAUGGGAAACUCUUGCUACAAGCAACUCUAGAAGCUAUUGGUGGUCAAGCCCCAAGGAGUCUGAUGGAUCAUUUUGCAGAGAUACUGUUUGCUUUGAACAAGCAUUGUGUUACCUACUUGAGCAUUUGGUUAAAGGAAGUGAUGCAGCAACAGAAUUUCCCAUCAAGCCGCCUUACACAAGGACAAAAAGAAACAUUUAGCCAACAAAUUUUAAGAGACAGAGUGAAUAAAAGGCGAGUAAAGGACAUUGUUAAGGAGUUCACGUUAUUGUGCAGGGGUCUUCAUGGCACAGAAUAUGCAGCCGAGUAUUGAAGCUGUGUAAUUACAUUGAAGUGUCACUCCUUUAAUAGCAUGCUUCCUACAUCCUCAACACAUUUGCACCGUUUCCUUCUGUAAAAAUGCAUUCUAGCGUGAAGGAUUUUUUUAAGCAACAAAUGGGCUUCUGUCUGCACUACAGGAUUCGAGAAGAAAAAACAUGCACUUGUGUGCAGCCAUAUUAAGAGGCUUUGUUUUUUAAAAAGAUAAAGGACUUCCUAUCAUAGGAUUUGGUCAUUUAAACGAGGAAAUGUGCCAGGAAUGUUCUGGCAUAAGCUGUCCUGACUUGCAAGUAAUUUGUGUACAUGUUCUGUGUCGUAAUUAAAGCUUUAUGGAAGCAAUAUAACUUGCUGCUGGAGUCCUGUGAUUUUGGCACUUUGUAAACACAACAAUAUCUUCUGGAGGGAGAAAUCCCAGAUGAAUCAGCUGUGGAAUAUUACUGGUGAUGCUGCUACAAUGUCUGAAACCAUUUUAAGCAAAUCUAGUAUUUUAGUUUUCUUUUUGUUUUUAAUUUAAUGACGUGGUGAUGUGGGCUCCUGUUAUAAUGUAAAAAGUGGAGAAUGUUGCAACAGUCUGGGAAUUUAAAAAAUCUUUGGAUCGUAACAAUUGCAAUUUGAGAGUUUCAAAACUUUGCAUGUUUAUUUAAAAGAAACUGAGAAAUACCAGAGCUUUGAGUCAUCCAUUCUGACUACUGAUAAAGUAAGCCUUGGUCUAAGUAAAGGUCCUCACUGAUCGUACUUCUGGAAUGGUUAAGGCAAUGAAUUGAAGAAAAGCAGUCAGAACUCCUCCAAAGCUUUGAGGCUCUGUAAGCUUUGUUACAGUCCUAUUUCAUUUCAUAACUUUUAAAUUUUUUGUAAUAUAUGCUGUGUGCUACUUUCUGUACAAAAACCAGUACCACCUUAAUGUAACUCCAAGCUGUCCUUGUUACCUUGUAACUUGUUUACUUGUGCUUCUAGAACUUUCUGGAAGUUCCACAGCCAUGAGAUAUAUUCUGGUCUCGGAAGUAAAAUGGAAAGCCCACUAGUAAAAUCUCGAUAAGAAAUGACUGUAGCCUAUUGGUUUUCUAUUGUGAAAUAAAGCUUCACUUGUA